AUGUGUUUGGUGUGUAUAGGUGUGGUGAUGAGUGCAAGGAUGCAAGAAAGCAAAAAGGGUAUAUUAUUGAAGCCAAAGACAUGCAAUACCAAUGCAGAUUGUGCUAAGUUUUGCAAAGGUCCAAUCCAGAACUGCCUAUAUCAUACUUGUGCCUGCGUGCCGGGAAAUCCUCAUUGUUGCUAG